CACCAAGGCAACAAAACAACAGCCUACAAUAAGCGAGCGCACUCGAGCGACAGCGGAACGCGCCUCAAUCUCUUAGCAUCUUCCGUAUCCUUUCUCUUUCUUUCAAGCCUUUAUCACGUUCUCCGCACAGGCACGCAUACACCUGGAAUAUCAUACUUAGUUGCACACAGCCUAAAUAUCACACGGACUCGCACACAAACAAAUCUGAGCACACAAUCCGCACUCCACCAUGUCAGACAGCAGUAUGGCGAAAGCCAAUCUCCCCUGGUAUCGUCACCUGAAUCAGAAGAAGAGUCUCCUGCUGGCGAUCGUAUCGAUGGCUCAGAUGCUCGAUACCAUCAAUGUCGCCAGUGUCACCAUUGUCCUCCCCAAGGUCAUGCGCGACGUUGGUUUCCACAUCGACCAACUGCAAUGGGUCUCGUCUGCCUAUGCCUGGCAUACGGUGCUUUUCUUCUUCUCGGCGGUCGUCUCGGCGAUCUCUUUGGCCACCGCCAUCGUCAAUGGCUUUGCAAAGGACCCGGCCAUGAUGUCCGUUGGACGUGCUCUUCAGGGAACGGGGGCCGGUUUCACUGUGCCUAGCGCACUGGCCAUCCUGACGACCACCUAUCCAGCUGGACCGGAGCGUAUCAGGGCCCUGAGCAUCUUUGGCGGCACUGCUGCCAUUGGAUCCAUCGUCGGCGUCCUGCUCGGCGGCAUCCUCGGAUCCACCAUUGGCUGGCGAUGGAUGUUUUAUAUCACCGGGAUCAUCGGAUUCGCCCUUACCAUCCUCGGCAUUCUUGUCAUUCCUGCCGAGAAGGCGCAAGGCAAGGCCGAGGAUCGCCGCCUUGACUUUUUCGGCAUGGCCUCGUUCACUUUGGGGAUAGUCGGUGUCAUCUACUACCUCAGCGAGGGUCCCGCCGCUGGUUGGGCCGUCGCAAAGACCCUGGCGCCUUUCCUGAUCAGGGUCGCCCUUCUCGUUUGCUUCAUCAUCAUCGAGCUCAGGAUCGACUACCCGAUCAUGCCACUGCACAUCUGGCGCUCCCGCCGGUUCCUUGCGUCCUGUGCCACUGCCCUGUGCAUGAUGGCGGCCAUGAACGCACACUUUUACUUCGUAUCGCUUGCGUUCCAGAACGUGCUCGGAUACACGUCUCUGAAGACCUCGCUGGGGUUCAUCCCACACGGUGUCGGGUCGCUCAUUGUCGUGGGAAUUCUUUCGGUGGUGAUCCCGCUGGUCCGGUCCAAGAUCGUUGUCGUUGUCGGGUGGUUCUUCUUGAUCGCCUCUGGCGUCCUGUGGGCACAGCUCAAGGACACUUCCUCGUACUGGGCCGUCCCGUUCCCAUCGCUGAUCCUGAACAUGGUCGCCAUGGCCUGCAUCUGGGUGACGUGCCAGAUCAACUCGGUGGCCGAUGCUGCGGACGAGGACCAAGGGGUGGUUGGAGCUGUCUACAACCUCUGCCUGCAGGUCGGCGCACCUAUCGGGAUCGCCAUCUCCAACAUCAUUGCCAACAACAAGAACCCUGUCACUGCCACGGGCGCAGAGCUGCUGCCCGGAUACCGCGCCGCCUUCUACUCGUACGUCGUCAUAUCCGGUGUUGGACUCGUAGUCACUCUGGCCCUGUACCCGAACAGCGACCCCGUUCGUGGGCCCAAGGUCCCUAUCGAAGUCCUCGAGGCUGUCGAGGCCGGUCUGCCUGUAUCUGCAAGUGUGGAUGACGAGCUGACGACGGCAGGGGACGGUGACAAGGAGGAGCUGGCUGGGAACACGAUCACGGAGCUGAAGGUCGCCAGGAGGGCAGGAUCUACAAAUAGCACGGUGCAUGAUGGCGUGCUGUAUCCAUCAGAGAAGAGACUAUGAGCAUAGAACGAGGGGCCUGGAGUAUGCAAACGUUGUUUAGUCCUCCCUCCUCCCCUCCCCUCCCCUCUACUUUUGUACACUGGACUAGGAGUGCUGCAAUACAUAAACACGCUGCUACUCAAC